GAUUUGACAUUGUAAAUAUUUGUUUUCAAAUUUUUAGUUUUAUUUUGCUUAAACGUGCUUUAGUUUAUUUAAAUUUUAUGUUCUAGACCAAUCUUGUAUAGAUAGAUAAAUAUAAAUAAUCCCUGUAACUUAAUUCAGUGAUAUUGAUUAUUUUUUCAAUGUCGAAGAGUUAAAAAAUACAAAACUUAUAAUACUCCAUUUUGUUUUUACUUAACAUUACCUACAAUAGAGCAAAAGGUAAAAGAUAAUUAUGGCGGGACAGGGACAUCAAUUCCCUGGGAACUUCCAGGGUAACACUGGAACGAUGAGAACGGGUUUUGGCGGGCCCAUGGGUGGCCAGAUGCAAGCAAUGCCCAACCAAAUGACCGGUGUGAUGGGUGGGCCCAUGGGUAAUUCCGGUAUGGUGGGUAUGGCGAACCAAAUGGUACCACCAUAUGGGGCAGCUAUGCCAGGGCAAAUGACUAAUAUGGGAAUGGGAGGACAGGGAAUGGGCACAGCUAUGGCUGGAGUUGGAGCUGGUCCAGGUGGACUUGGAUCACAAGCAGUUCAACAACAAGGAGGCAUGCAAACUGCUGCUGCAGUGCAGGUCGCUGCUGCGGCGCCUCCGCCCGCCCCCGUCGCUCAUCCCCCACAGAGCAAGGAGUUUAACACUGCUUCAUUAUGCAAUUUGGGCCAAGAAACAGUCCAAGAUGUAGUAUGUAGAACACAAUAUGUUUUCCAAAUUUUAAAAGCCAUCAAACCGCCGAAUGGAACCCAACACGGUGAAAAUGCAAGUAAUGAUAGGAAAGCUAAAAUGCAAGAACAGCUGCGUACCAUAAGACUCUUGUUUAAGAGGCUAAGACUGAUCUAUGAGAAAUGUAAUGAGACAUGUGAGGGCAUGGAGUAUACCCACAUAGAAAGUCUAAUUCCAAUAAAAGACGAAGCUGAUAACAAGGCUUUAGACGAGAGGAGAAACACAGAAUCAUACAGACUAGCGUUGGAGGAAAACAGAGAAUUAACGGAACAGGCGGUUCUCAAAAAUAAACAGCUGAAGGAAAUAAUCACGAAUUUAAGAACUAUAAUUUCGGAAAUAAAUGUAAUGUUAACAAUGCGUAGAUCAUAAAUAAAUUAUACAAAUAAUAAGUAUGUAAAUGUUACUAAUAAGUGAAUUACAUUUACUUAAUCUAC